CCCAGGCCCCGCCCACCUCUUCGGGGAUCUGGCCCAGGUCCCGCUUUUGUCCUGCGCCGAUUGGCACAGACCCGGAAGCGGAUGGCGUGGACUGAAAGUUGUACCGCGGAGUGUGCGUUUCCUAGUUCUCUGGUACUGCUAUAUAGGGGACGUGGGGUCCCCACAGACCUGCAAAUUCCGGCCCCUCUUUUCUCAACCCAGAGCAAAUUGAAACGUCCGGGUGAGAGUCCGAUUUCCAAAGACUCAUGUUACGUGAGGAAGCCACCAAGAAGAGCAAAGAAAAGGAGCCAGGGAUGGCUCUUCCUCAGGGACGUUUGACUUUCAGGGAUGUGGCUAUAGAAUUCUCUUUGGAGGAGUGGAAAUGCCUGAACCCUGUGCAGAGGGCUUUAUACAGGGCUGUGAUGUUGGAGAACUACAGGAACCUGGAGUUUGUGGAUAGCUCUUUAAAAUCCAUGAUGGAGUUCUCAUCAACCGGGCAUGGUAAUACAGGAGAAGUGAUCCACACAGGGAUGUUGCAAAGACAUAAAAGUCAUCACAUUGGAGAUUUUUGCUUCCCAGAAAUGAAGAAAGAUAUUCAUCACUUUGAGUUUCAGUGGCAAGAAGUUGAAAGAAAUGGCCAUGAAGCACCCAUGACAAGAAUCAAAAAGUUGACUGGUAGUACAGACCAAAGUGAUCAAAGGCAUGCUGGAAACAAGCGUAUUAAAGAUCAGCUUGGAUCAAGCUUUCAUUCGCAUCUGCCUGAACUCCACAUGCUUCAGACUAAAGGGAAAAUUAGUAAGCAAUUGGACAAGUCUAUCAGUGGUGCUUCCUCAGCUUCAAAAUCCCAAAGAAUUUCUUGUAGGCUCAAAACUCAUAUUUCUAAUAAGUAUGGGAAGAAUUUCCUCCAUUCUUCAUUAUUCACACAAAUACAGGAAAUACGCAUGAGAGAAAAACCUUGCCAAAGUAAUGAGUGUGGCAAAGCCUUUAAUUAUAGCUCACUCUUAAGGAGACACCACAUAACCCAUUCAAGAGAGAAACAAUAUAAAUGUGAUGUAUGUGGCAAGAUCUUUAAUCAGAAGCAAUACAUUGUAUAUCAUCAUAGAUGUCACACUGGUGAGAAAACUUACAAGUGUAAUGAGUGUGGGAAGACCUUCACUCAGAUGUCAUCCCUUGUAUGCCAUCAUAGACUUCAUACUGGAGAGAAACCUUACAAGUGUAGUGAGUGUGGCAAGACCUUCAGUGAGAAGUCAUCCCUUAGAUGCCAUCGUAGACUUCAUACUGGAGAGAAACCUUACAAGUGUAAUGAGUGUAGCAAGACCUUUGGUCGAAAUUCAGCCCUUGUAAUUCAUAAGGCAAUUCAUACUGGAGAGAAACCUUACAAGUGUAAUGAGUGUGGCAAGACCUUCAGUCAGAAAUCAUCCCUUCAAUGCCAUCAUAUACUUCACACUGGAGAGAAACCUUACAAAUGUGAAGAAUGUGACAAUGUUUACAUUCGCAGAUCACACCUUGAAAGACAUAGGAAAAUUCAUACUGGAGAGGGAUCAUACAAAUGUAAGGUUUGUGACAAGGUUUUCCGGAGUGAUUCAUACCUUGCAGAACAUCAGAGAGUUCAUACUGGAGAGAAACCGUACAAGUGUAAUAAAUGUGGCAGGAGUUUCAGUCGGAAGUCAUCCCUUCAAUACCAUCAUACACUUCACACUGGAGAGAAACCUUACACAUGUAAUGAAUGUGGCAAGGUUUUUAGUCGAAGAGAAAACCUUGCACGUCAUCAUAGACUUCAUGCUGGGGAGAAACCUUACAAAUGUGAAGAAUGUGACAAAGUUUUCAGUCGCAGAUCACACCUUGAAAGACAUAGGAGAAUUCAUACUGGGGAAAAACCAUACAAAUGUAAGGUUUGUGACAAGGCUUUCCGGAGUGAUUCAUGCCUUGCAAACCAUACGAGAGUUCAUACUGGAGAGAAACCUUACAAGUGUAAUAAAUGUGGGAAGGUUUUUAAUCAAAAAGGAAUCCUUGCACAACAUCAGAGAGUUCAUACUGGAGAGAAACCUUACAAGUGUAAUAAAUGUGGGAAGGUUUUUAAUCAAAAAGGAAUCCUUGCACAACAUCAGAGAGUUCAUACUGGAGAGAAACCUUACAAGUGUAAUGAAUGUGGCAAGGUUUUUAAUCAAAAAGCAAGCCUUGCAAAACAUCAGAGAGUUCAUACUGCAGAGAAACCUUACAAGUGUAAUGAGUGUGGCAAAGCCUUUACUGGACAGUCAACACUUAUUCACCAUCAAGCAAUCCAUGGGUGUAGGGAAACUUUACAAAUGUAGUGAUUGUCACAAAGUCUUCAGUAAUUCUACAACCAUUGCAAAUCAUUUCAGAAUCCAUAUUGAAGAGAGAUCUACAAAUGUAAUGUGGCAAAUUUUUCAGACGUCAUUCAUAACUUGUAGUUCAUCAGUGAACUCAUACUGGAGAGAAACCUUACAAAUAUCAUGACUGUGACAAGGUCUUCAGUCAAGCCUCAUCCUAUGCAGAACAUAGGAGAAUUCGUGCAGGAGAGAAACCUCAAGUGUGAUGAUUGUGGCAAAGCCUUUACUUCAUGUUCACACCUCACUAGACAUCAGAGAAUCCAUACUGGACAGAUGCCUUACAAAUGUAAGGGUGGCAAGGUCUUCAGUCUGUGGUCAUUCCAUGCAGAACAUCAGAAAAUUCAUUUCUGAGAUAAUUGUUCCAAAUAAAAUGAAUAUAAAAAAUCAUAAAA